AUGAUCGCCCUCACUAAGUUGGCAUUUCUACGACGUCAUGUCGGCCGCUUCGACAUCCUCAAGAGGCAACUCCAGCAGAGCUACCUCAACCAAUCGCAGAACAAGAUCAGACACCGUGACGAACUUCUCAACGAGAUCGAAUCGGCCGAAAUAAACGCACUUUUCGAGAGGGUUACGGGCGUGCCAUUAGACAGUCACAAGGCCGGUCCAAAGGAACCGGAAGAGUUCAACGAGACGGAAGAUCACAUGGACAGCAAACAACAUGUGACCGACGAUAGAAGCACGCCGCACAACUUUAAAGAUGUCAGAAACGAAUUCGAAAGGCCGGGCAACUUCGAAUCUAUGAGAGCGGGCAGAAAGGAACUGCAGGACCUGACGCACCAGGAACGGCAGGCACUCCAACGGUUCGAGGCGCAAUCCAGACUCGCCGACCCAGCAAACCUGCUCAACAAAGGUCGCGCCAAGGCUGACCCGCGGCGUGACGCGAAACACGUGCUGAGGUAUAUGCAAAACACAACCGACACAAAUGACGGCGUGGACGCCGAGGACAGCGACCCAAGAGCUGACACUAUGGUUGGCGAAAACAGGUUCGAUGAAAUCGUAUCCCGCAUACGAGCACAAAUGCGCGCGGAGAAGCAGGACAAUACCAAAAUCAACAAGGCCAAGGUGCCUAAUUUCAACGGGGUCAUCGUUGACCCAAUCGCAAAACACGUGAGGAGGAGGCGACUCCGAAUCAACGCUAUGAUCAAGGACCAAUUAGAACAGAUAAUCACGGCCAACGACCCGUCGUUCAUAUUCGGGGAACACAGCGGAGCGUCCAUUUCGCUCAAGAGGGUGGAAAUGACCAGCGGCAAGGCGACGAUCAAGUGCUACUACACCGUUAUCGGGGGUGACCAGGAUGAGCAGCGGAUACACGACAUGCUGGAAAAGGCGCAGAAGAAGGUCAGGUUCUGCCUGGCGCGAAAACUCGAACUCGGCUACACGCCACCAGUCCUUUUCAUCAGGGCAAAUGACGCAGAAUUGGCGCACGUGAAAAAAACCGCGAAAUCGCCAGAUAGUGCAUUCAACAAGCCUCUAGAAGCGCCCACAAAGACGCUUGUGGAGCGGUUCCAUGGCUCCAUGGUGGCGUUUUGA